UUUAAUUUCUUAUCCUCUUUCUCUGUACGUCAACCUAGAGAGACCAUGGAAAAUAUUGGUGAGGAGGAGUACAAUAAGCAUUACUGGGAGAACAUGUUUUUCCAAACCCAAGAGUUUGACAGGCGGGCAUUGGGUGAUCAUGCCUUAUCCGGGUACUACGAUUCGAGCUCCCCGGACGGUGCUGCUUCAUCGGCGGCAUCUAAGAACAUUGUCUCCGAGAAGAACAGGAGGAAUAAGCUCAACCAACGGCUUUUUGCACUUAGAGCGGUGGUCCCCAACAUUACUAAGAUGGAUAAGGCUUCUAUCAUUAAGGAUGCUAUUGAGUACAUCCAGCACUUGCAUGAACAAGAGAAGGGAAUCCAAGCUGAGAUCAUGGAACUUGAAUCUGGGAAAUUGAAAAACCCUAGCUAUGACUUUGAGCAUGAUCAUGACCUGCCUGUUAUGCUGAGGUCCAAGAAGAAAAGAACAGAUCAGCAGCUAUUUGAUUCUGUCAGUUCAAGAAAUUCCCCAAUUGAAAUAAUUGAGCUCACGGUUAAAUACAUGAAAGAGAAGACGAUAGUGGUGAGCUUAACAUGCAGUAAAAGGACAGAGACAAUGGUAAAACUGUGUGAGGUGUUCGAAUCCUUAAAGCGGAAGAUCAUCACAGCUCAUAUAACUUCUUUUUCAAGCACGCUUUUGAAGACGGUCUUCAUUGAGGCAGAUGAAGAAGAGAAAGAUCUUUUGCAAAUAAAAAUCCAGAGUGCCAUUUCAGCUCUUAAUGAUCGACAAAGCCCAAUGAGCAUCUGAUGAAGAAAAGACAUUGGUGGUGUUUGGUAGGAAUAUUUUUUUUAGAAUCAUGGGAAACUCAUAUUGACAUUUUAAUAUACCCAUGUUUGGUACAUGAAAAGCAAAAAGUUUUCCAGAAAAAUCGAAAUCCUAUGAUUCACUUUUGUGAAGAAAAAGACCAUCCUAAAAUACCUUCUGAGAAGUAGUAUUAUGUGAAUCCCAUUGAAUGGGAAUAUUUUGUAAUUUUCAAGGGACAAGAAUACCCUUGAGGAUGUGUUUGGUACAAGGGUAUCACAAAGAU